AAAUCUGCAAACUUGAUUUGUUCAAAAGCCAGUUUUUGAAUGGAAGCCGCAACCUGCAGCAAAUAAAUUAAAGCGAAAUACUUCCGUUACUUCAACCCAGCCCCCCUAUAAAUCCUUUCCUCUCCUCGCUAACGCCUUCAUCCUUCCACAGAAACCAAACAUGGCCGCUCCUCCAUCAAAGCUUGCCGUUUUAACCUCCUUCCUCAUCGCCCUCAUCCUGCUGCCUCCGCUGUCAUCCGGCCAAGAAGUUGAGGAUGAGAAGGAGUUUAGCUACGAUGUGGGGAGCGAGAACGGGCCGGAGAAAUGGGGGCGAAUUCAUGAAGAGUGGGCGGCUUGCGGUGUCGGAAAGCUUCAGUCGCCCAUUGACCUGAAAAACGAGCGGGUCCAGGUGGUGGAUGGGCUUGGCGAUCUCUGGCGAACUUACCGUCCAGCGCCGGCUGUCUUGAAGAACCGAGGGCAUGAUAUCAUGUUGAAAUGGGAGGGGGAAGCGGGGGGUUUGUGGAUCAACGGCACCGAGUACAAGCUUAAGCAACUCCAUUGGCAUUCUUCUUCCGAGCACACCGUCGAUCAACGCAGGUAUCAGCUGGAGCUGCACAUGGUCCACGAGAGCGCCGAUAAAAAGCUCGCCGUGGUGGGCAUCUUGUACAAGCUGGGCCGUCCCGAUCUUUUCUUGGCUCAGCUGGGGAAUUACAUUAAAAAAUUGACGGAUGUGGAUGAGGCUGCGGAAGAGAAGGUGGGUUUGGUGGAUCCAUGGAACGUGAAGUGGGGCAGCAGGAAGUAUUACAGGUACAUGGGCUCCCUUACAACUCCACCUUGCACCGAAGGCGUUCUAUGGACAAUUAUUAAUAAGGUCCGAACGGUUUCAAAAGAGCAGGUGAAAUUACUGCGGGAGGCAGUUCAUGACGAAUUUGAAGAUAAUGCUAGACCAACACAGCCAACAAACGGAAGGGAUGUUUUUAUGUACCGUCCUAAGAUUCAUUUGCAUUAAUUGUUUAGGUUUUUGGCUCUUCAUGUUUUAAAUUAUUGUGAGUUUGCUAGAAAUAAAGUUAAUAAUUUCAAAAUAUUGUGCAUUUAUGUGUGAGUGGUUGAGGGUGUGUUUCCCACUGAUGUUGCUGAUUUGAAUCGUUUAUAUUAUCUUU